AUGCCGACUCUGCCUAAUCUCAACAGCCUGGGAAAACUGUGCAGCUCCAGCCACAGUCAGAAUGUCGACCGCGUCAAGGUGAAGCGCAAGAGCUCGGUCAAGCGCAUGUCCAUCAUUGAGGAUGGGCAUGUGGCUGAGGUCCUGUAUCUCAUUCCCAAACUGUACAUGGAGCAGCUGCCCUACCUCAACCCAAACGACUAUUAUCUGAGUGAGAGGCUGAACGAUGUCGCCACAGAAAUACAAGUGGCUCAUGCGCAGGACACAAACCACCACUCCACAGAGAAGCCUCUGAUUCAGUGCUACAAGUGUGGGGAGCCAUGCAAGGGUGAGGUGCUGCGGGUGCAGAACAAGCACUUCCACCUCAAGUGCUUCACCUGUAAAGUGUGUGGCUGUGACCUUGCCCAGGGGGGCUUCUUCAUGAAGAAUGGAGAGUAUCUGUGCACACUGGACUACCAACGCAUGCACGGCACCCGCUGCAAUGGCUGUGGGGACUUCGUGGAGGGGGAGGUGGUCACCGCCCUGGGGAAGACCUAUCACCCUGCCUGCUUCGUCUGCACCAUCUGCAAGCGACCAUUCCCUGCUGGGGACAGGGUGACCUUUAAUGGGAAGGACUGUCUGUGUCAGUACUGUGUCGAGCCCAUGUCUCCAGGACCAAAGGACAUCCUUGGCUCCAGCAAUUGUGCAGGAUGUGGUCGAGACAUUAAGAACGGACAGGCCCUCCUGGCGCUGGACAGACAGUGGCAUCUGGGCUGCUUUAAGUGUAAGGCCUGCAACAAAGUGCUCACCGGGGAGUACAUCAGCAAGGACGGCGCCCCCUACUGUGAGAAGGAUUACCAGAUCCAUUUUGGAGUUCAGUGUGAGGCGUGUCAUCAGUUCAUCACAGGGAAAGUGCUGGAGGCAGGAGACAAGCACUACCACCCCAGCUGUGCGAGAUGCAGCAGGUGCAACCAGAUGUUCACAGAGGGAGAGGAGAUGUAUCUGCAAGGAUCCACAGUUUGGCAUCCCGGCUGCAAGAACACGACCAGAACAGAGGAGAGACACAGGGAGCGGCCUACGAGGUCGUCAUCUGAGAGCAUUUGUUCCAGACCUGGUUCAAGCAUACCUGGCUCACCGGGUCACACGAUCUAUGCAAAAGUAGACAAUGAGAUCCUUGAUUACAGAGACCUAGCUGCUAUUCCAAAAGUCAAAGCCAUUUAUGACAUUGAGCGUCCUGAUCUUAUUACCUAUGAGCCUAUGUACAGCACCUCCCUGGAUGAGCGAGAGGAGAGACGAGAGAGUGUGGGAGAGUUCUCAAGGAACAUGUCGCCAACCCCACCUCCUGAGGGCUCCUACGACAGGAGGGAACGUAUCCUCCAAAGGUCAACAAGUCAGGGCUCCAUAGGAUCACCAGUUUAUAAUCGCCAUGGUUACACCCCAACCUUGUCACGGUCACCGCAGCAUUUUCACAGGCCAGAGGCUCUGACAGGCAUGCAGAAGCUCUGCUCCUCCCUGUGCAGUAACAGUGUGGGCUCCAGAAAUAGUGACUCCCGCCCCACCUCCCCUUUCAGACACCACUUCCUCCCCCAUAGCCAAGGCACUGACCCGCCAAGUGGCCGGAGCUCCCCACUCCCGCUCAGGCCCGACAGCCGGCCGAUCACUCCGCCUCUCUCUCUGACCCCUAAACAUUUCCACCUCCCAGAUCAGGGGAUCAACAUCUACAGAAAACCACCCAUUUACAAACAACAUGGUUCAGAAGGGAGGCCACGAUCCAGAGAAGACGAGGAAGAAGAGGCCUUGAAAAGAAAGCAGCUCCAGGAGGAACAUCUCACCAAGAUUCAGUCCGGUUUAGGAAAGCUCAUUCUGAAGGAGGAGAAGGAAAAAGAACAGAUCAGGGAGCGUCACGCACGUAGUCUCUCCGCUCAGCGCUACGACCCUAAACAGAGCAACUGUGACGCAGAUCCAACUUCACCAACAAAAACUAACUCUUUGCCGGGCUAUGGAAGGAAUGGGCUACACCGGCCCCAGUCCACGGACUUCACCCAGUACAGCAGCUACAGCGACAUGUAUGGGGGAGGCCGAGAGUUUCAGCACAUUAAGGAUGGCCGUGCAGCACUUGCAAGGAUGGACAGGGGAGUAUCUAUGCCUAAUAUGUUGGAACCAAAAGUGUACCCCUAUGAAAUGCUCUUGAUAACCAGUAGAGGGAGAGCUAAACUGCCCAGGGAUGUGGACAGAACCAGACUGGAGCGCCACUUAGCGCCCGAAACGUUCUUUGACAUCUUUGGAAUGGAGAUCCAGGAGUUUGACAGGCUUCCCCUGUGGAAACGCAACGACAUGAAAAAGAAGGCCAAGCUCUUCUAGCACUCAGAGCAGCAUGCAUAUACUGUACAUUCAUUCAGAUAGCACACGACAAACUGUAAUCUAGAUGUAGGUUUUUGGUUUCUUUGCUUUUAUUCUGUUUUUUUGUGUUGUUUUAUCCUGACAUAACCAAGGAAGCCAUGAGAUGGACUCUUUUUUUUUUGUUGCUCUGAUGCUUCCUGAGACUGCGAGCUGAAUGAUUUGUCCAGUUAGAUUUGCACAGGAAACAAGGAAUGGGAAACUCUUCCAUGUUCAAAAAUGACAAAGAAUGAGAGUGAAUGAUACAUAGGUUCAUGUUAUUUGGUUUGACUGCGCUCGUGUUUUCUUCUUGCUUUUGCUUUGAGUGGAACUGCUCUCCUUUCUUUCUCGCUUGUUUAUUUCCUACUCUUUGUUGCUGUUGAUUCCUGUGGAACUUUGUAAGUACAGUAGAAACCUCAUGACGCCAUUACAAAAUGUCCAUGCUUGUAUAGCUUGAACAUGUGU